CUCUCUGUCCCCAUCAACUUGCCCGGACACCAUUUUCGUUGCACCGUGUGUUUCCUGUCGGAAGUAUGAAGUAGCCAUCAACAGACAACGGGCUGUUGGAGAUUUUUGUAUAUAUUUUGUAAUCAUUCUGACUCAAAGUGGAUAUCACUGUGGCCAAGAUGUCUCGGGGAUCCAUCGAAAUCCCUUUACGGGACACCGAUGAGGUCAUCGAGCUUGACUUUGACCAGCUGCCCGAAGGAGACGAGGUCAUCAGUAUCCUGAAGCAGGAGCACACACAGCUGCACAUCUGGAUCGCUCUGGCGUUGGAGUACUUCAAGCAGGGCAAAACUGAGGAUUUUGUCAAGCUUUUAGAGGCAGCUCGUAUCGAUGGAAACCUUGACUACAGAGACCAUGAGAAGGACCAGAUGACCUGUCUGGACACAUUGGCAGCUUAUUAUGUCCAGCAAGCGCGUAAAGAGAAAAACAAAGAUGCCAAGAAAGAGCUCAUCACGCAGGCCACGCUGCUGUACACGAUGGCAGAUAAGAUCAUCAUGUAUGAUCAGAACCAUUUGUUGGGACGAGCCUGUUUCUGCCUGCUGGAAGGAGACAAGAUGGACCAGGCCGACGCUCAGUUCCACUUCGUCCUCAACCAGUCCACCAACAACAUCCCUGCUUUGCUUGGUAAGGCCUGCAUCUCCUUCAAUAAAAAGGACUACAGAGGAGCACUGGCUUACUACAAAAAGGCUCUGCGUACAAAUCCCGGCUGCCCAGCCGAGGUAAGACUUGGAAUGGGACACUGUUUUGUGAAGCUCAGCAAACUGGAGAAGGCUCGUUUGGCGUUUGGUCGAGCCCUGGAGCUGAACUCAAAAUGUGUGGGAGCUCUCGUUGGUUUGGCGGUUUUAGAGCUCAACAGCAAGGAGCCCGAUUCCAUCAAGAACGGCGUGCAGCUCCUAUCGCGCGCCUACACCAUCGACCCCAGCAACCCCAUGGUGCUCAACCACCUGGCCAACCACUUUUUCUUCAAAAAGGAUUACAGUAAAGUGCAGCAUCUGGCUCUUCACGCUUUCCACAACACAGAGGUGGAGGCCAUGCAGGCUGAGAGCUGCUACCAGUUAGCUCGCUCCUUCCACGUUCAGGAGGACUAUGACCAAGCGUUUCAGUAUUACUACCAAGCCACUCAGUUUGCCUCGUCCACCUUUGUGUUGCCCUUCUUUGGCCUGGGACAGAUGUAUGUGUAUCGAAGAGACAAGGAGAAUGCUGCGCAGUGCUUCGAAAAGGUUUUGAAGGCCUACCCCAACAAUUAUGAAACUAUGAAAAUUCUUGGGUCUCUCUAUGCGACAUCUGAGGAUCAGGACAAAAGAGACAUCGCCAAAGGUCAUUUGAAGAAGGUGACGGAGCAGUACCCAGACGACGUGGAGGCGUGGAUCGAGCUGGCUCAGAUCCUGGAGCAGACCGACAUUCAGGGAGCGCUGUCUGCGUACGGCACGGCCACCCGCAUCCUGCAGGAGAAGGUGCAGGCCGACGUGCCGCCCGAGAUCCUCAACAACCUCGGGGCUCUUCACUUCAGACUGGGAAACCUCGGAGAAGCAAAGAAAUACUUUCUCGCAUCUCUGGAGCGGGCCAAGGCUGAGGGGGAGCACGACGAGCAUUACUACAAUGCCAUUUCUGUCACCACCUCCUACAAUCUGGCCCGCCUGUAUGAGGCAAUGAAUGAAUUCCACGAGGCUGAGAAACUCUACAAAAACAUCCUGAGAGAGCAUCCUAACUACGUGGACUGUUAUUUGCGUCUCGGAGCGAUGGCUCGCGACAAAGGCAACUUCUAUGAAGCCUCUGAUUGGUUCAAAGAGGCCCUGCAGAUCAAUCAGGAUCACCCCGAUGCCUGGUCCCUGAUAGGGAACCUUCACUUGGCCAAACAGGAAUGGGGUCCGGGUCAGAAGAAGUUUGAGCGUAUUCUGAAGCAGCCGUCCACUCAGAACGACACCUACUCCAUGCUGGCUCUGGGAAACGUGUGGCUGCAGACCCUGCACCAGCCCACCAAAGACCGGGAGAAGGAAAAGAGACACCAGGACCGAGCCCUGGCCAUAUACAAGCAAGUCCUCCGAAAUGACUCUAAAAACCUUUACGCUGCCAAUGGCAUCGGUGCCGUCCUCGCUCACAAGGGCUUCUUCAGAGAGGCUCGUGACGUGUUUGCGCAGGUGAGGGAGGCCACAGCUGACAUCAGUGACGUCUGGCUGAAUCUGGCUCACAUCUAUGUGGAACAGAAGCAGUACAUCAGCGCUGUGCAGAUGUACGAGAACUGCCUGAAGAAGUUUUUCAAGUACCAGAACACAGAGGUGCUGCUGUACCUUGCGAGGGCGCUCUUCAAAUGUGGGAAACUCCAAGAGUGCAAGCAGAUGCUCCUGAAGGCCCGCCACGUGGCGCCCAGCGACACGGUGCUGAUGUUCAACGUGGCGCUGGUGCUCCAGAGGCUGGCCACGCUCGUACUGAAAGACGAGAAGAGCAACCUGAAGGCUGUGCUCAGCGCUGUCAAAGAGCUGGAACUGGCUCACAGGUAUUUCAGUUACCUCUGCAAGGCUGGCGACAAGAUGAGGUUUGACCUCGCUCUCGCUUCCUCUGAAGCCAGGCAGUGCUCUGAUCUGCUCAGUCAGGCUCAGUAUCACGUGGCGAGAGCCAGGAAGCAGGAUGAGGAGGACAAGGAGCUUCGUGCCAAACAAGAACAGGAGAGGGACAUACUUCGUCAGCAGAUGAUGAAAGAACGGACGGAUAAGCGCAACAAACAGGUGGAGGAACAGAAGAAGCUCUUGGAGCAGAGAGCUUUGUACGUGGAGAAGACCAAGGGCCUGCUCAGCUUCGCAGAGGGAUCAAAGGAAAUGGGCAAAGAAAAGAGGAAGGGCGGUGGACGUCGCAAGAAAGGCGACAUUGAUGAGUUUGUCAACGAUGACUCUGACGAGGAGAAGGAACUGAGGAAGAAGAAGAAGAGAAAGGGCGGCAGUGACGAUGAGGAGGGAGGAUCGCGGCCCAAGAGGCAGCGUAAACCCAAAGAGCGCAAGAGGAUGGACAGGUCCCAGCCUGAGCGCCUACCACCGUCUCUCAAAGGAAAGAUCAAGUCCAAGGCGAUGAUCUCCUCUUCUGAUUCUUCUUCAGAUGAAGAUGGGCUGAAGAUAGCUGAAGAGAAACAACAAAAAGACAGUGGUUCAGGGUCUGAUAACGAUGGCGGCCACAAGAAGCGCAUUGCGUCUGAGAGCGAGUCAGAUGGAGGUAAGAACCGCUCGGGCAGCGAGGCGGGCAGCCCCCGGCGCUCUGCGGGCAGCCCCCGGCGCUCUGCGGGCAGCCCCCGGCGCUCUGCGGGGUCCGACGACUCUGGCAGUGACCGUCCAGUGAAGAAGAGGAGGGUGCAGCGACAGUCUGACUCCGAGCAGUCUGACAAUGAGAGCAAGAAGAGUCGGUCGGGAUCUGAAGACCAGUCCCGGCCCGCUUCGCCCGCCGCAGUGUCGGAGCGAGGAUCUGAGGCGGGGUCCGACAACGAGGGCUCCCCCCGCCGCUCCAACAACGCCUCUGAACGGGAAGCCUCCAACAAUGACGACAGCGAUUAAAUCUUCCUCACAUAAAACUCUUGAAAUCUGCAUUUUUAAUUUUCUAUUAUGAGCAGGGAUUUCUGUCUGUGCGAUAUCUGGGAAAUUAGCCUAGACAAGUGUAGUUUUUGUUGGCACAUGCUUCUGGUGUAUUCCUAACGUCCUGUCAGAAUUCUGUUUGAACAGUCGCUGUGUUUUGUUAAAGAUGUUUUGUUAAAGAAAGAUCAAAUCACUUAAAAUGAACUAAAAGGAGUAAAUGCCUAUUUUCUGUCAUAUGGUCGGACAACACACUGACCCAAAAAUGGGAAGAUGCUUCAACAAAAUGUCAAAUAAAUAUAAAAAACAAG